AUGGCUCCGUACGUUACGGUCCUAUUGUUGCCAGGCGGUGACUGUACCCGUGAGAGGAUUAUUCUGCCUUCGCUGAAUCACACAGGAGGGAGGAGUGACGUCGAGAUUACGUCGCCAAGUUCCCCCCUUACGCCUGUUGCUCGUUCCCGCCAUGGCGUCGCGAUCCGAGAGCGCUCCUGUCAUGGCCUCGCUCUUCACUCUCCUUGUGUUCCCCGUGUGCUCCCCGUGCGCUUGCAGAUGCUCUCCGCGCAGCGCCAGCUACUGCCCUUCCUGCCACCCUGCAUAAGGCCUCCAGAGCUCCCCACACCUGGGUUGCAACUUGCUGCAUCAGUGACAGCAGAUGCCCUCCUCGUCAUCAUCCCCUCCCUCCUCACCCUCACGGUUUUAAAGGACCACCUUACAAUCACAUUCAUUCUUCUCGCAGCCAUUCUUACAACAACAGCAACUCUGGCAACCCUCAACACCACAGGUCCUUACCUGCUAAACACCUCCUCGUGGCCUCUCUCCCCACCGUCCGUCACCGAUUCAGUCAUUACCUUCAGAGCACUCCUGAUGCUGCUGACGUGCACGGCCAUUCUAGCAGUGGACUUUGACAUCUUCCCACGCAACUAUGCUAAGACUGAACGAUACGGCACCUCCCUGAUGGAUCUAGGAGUGGGCAUGUUUGUCAUCGCCAACACAGCCUCGCAAUUCGGAUCAUCCAGGAUCAGGACAGCCGGAGCAAGAAAGACACAUGUAUCCAUCCAACGAUUCUCGCGCAAGCUGCUGCCUCUGUUAGUGCUUGCCAUUGGACGGCUGCUGCUCACCAAAGUCACCAACUACCAGGAGCACAGCAGCGAGUACGGCGUGCACUGGAACUUCUUCUUCACCCUAGCUGCUGUGCUCUCCCUCGCGCGCCUCUUCCCCACACCUGUCCGCCGUCACCCCUCGCAACUGCCCCCGGGCUUCUUCCGCAGCCUCACUCCGCCCGUGCUGCUUCUCAUCGGGUACCAGGCAUGGCUAUCGUGCAUGGGAGGCAGCAAGUGGGUGUUGUCAGAUGACAGGGAAGCCACGUCCCUUAUCUCGCUCAACAAAGAGGGCAUUUGUAGCACAGUAGGCUACCUGAGUCUCUACCUCAUCUCUCUUCACUUUGGCACGUUUCUCAACUCGUCCUACUCGGCCAUUCGCUCGGCGCACGGUCCUCUCUUCGCCAUUGUCAAUCAGCUGCUGCCCCUCGACCUCUUCCUCUGGCUGGUAACCCUAGUAGCGCAUCAAUACAUCGAGCAAACCUCCCGACGCUCCUGUAAUCUUGCAUUCGUGUGCUGGAGCUUGGCUCAAGGCGUUCACGCUAUUCUCAUAGGGGAGCUCACCUGUCGCUCUCCCUCGCUUGUCUUCCGAGCCAUUGCUCGCUUCAUGCUCCCCACCUUCCUCAUGGCGAAUGUAGGGACAGGGCUUGUCAACAUCACCAUGGAUACGUUAUCCCAACCACCACUCACUGCCAUUGCUAUCAAUGCGACUUAUUUGUGUGUUCUCUUUUUUGGCGCAUUUGAGAUGGUUCCGCCAACGUUGUCAGAGAUCGAGCCUUACCUCAGGGCUGCUAAUGAGAUCGAAUCCCAACGGCCUCGAGUUGCUUACCUAUGUCGGUUCUCGGCUUUCGAGAAGGCGCAUCGCCUGGAUCCCACGUGCAAGGGACGCGGAGUUCGCCAGUUCAAGACAGCGCUGCUCGAGCGGCUAGAGAGGGACAACCCGAUAACUCUGGAGAAGCGACAACGCAGCAGCGAUGCUCGAGAAAUCGCGUCCUUCUACCAGCAGUACUACCAGAACUAUGUCAAGGCCAUGGAUGACGCAGAGAACGUCGACCGAGCGGAGCUCGCUCGCGCGUACCAGACUGCAGGCGUGCUGUUCGAGGUGCUCUGCGCCAUCAACCAGACAGAAAAGUCGGAGCUCGCGCCGGAGGUUAUGGAGGCGGGUCAGCGAGUGGUGGAGCGCAAGGCAGAGUACGUGGCGUUCAACAUUCUGCCUCUGGAUCCAUCCAGUGCCAAGCAACCCAUCAUGCAGCUACCAGAGGUGGUGGCCGCUAUGGGUGGAGUGACGAACGUUAGCGGGCUUCCCAUUUUGUGGGAGGUGCCGCCGGGACAGAAGCUGAAGCAGUUUGACUCGCUUGAUUGGCUGCGAUUCGUCUUUGCUUUCCAGAAAGACAACGUUCGCAACCAGCGUGAGCAUCUGGUGUUGCUGCUGGCGAACGCGCAUAUCAGCCUGAAGAACCCUCGGCCUGAACCUCUCGAGGAGCUGGACAACCGAGCAGUGGACAAGGUACUGGAGGGGUUGAUCAAGAACUACCGCAGCUGGUGCCGCUACAUCAAGUGCAAGAGCAACGUCACCAUGGACCCUGGGCUGACCCCCAUCCAGCAGCAGCAGAGGAAGGUGCUCUUCACGGCGCUAUUCCUGCUCGUGUGGGGGGAAGCAGCUAACCUGCGCUUCAUGCCCGAAUGCCUCUGCUACAUCUACCAUAACAUGGCAGCGGAGCUGCUAGCUGUACUGCGAGGCAAGGGCCCUGAGGCCAAGUCCCGCCUGCCCGCGUACGGGCGCGAGGCGGAGGGAUUCCUCCGCUACGUCAUCACGCCUGUGUAUGACGUGGCGUCCAAGGAGGCCCAGGCGGCCGUGGGAGGCGCGGCGCACUCGUCCUGGCGGAACUACGACGACCUGAACGAGUUUUUCUGGUCCAAGAGCUGCUUCGAGCUGGGGUGGCCGUGGAACGCCAGCUCGCCCUUCUUUGCAGGACCAGCACCCAACCUGCAUGCGGGAAGCUUCAAGGGAGCUGUGAACUGCUGCCCUCUGCCAGGGAGCGAACGCAUGGGGAAGGAGGGGUUUGUGGAGCACCGCACUUGCCUGCACCUGUUCCGCGACUUUGAUCGCAUGUGGGCUUUCUUCAUCUGCUGCCUUCAGGCAAUGAUCAUAAUGGCGUGGAACCCGCCGUGGUACAGCACGUUCACGAGCAUUGACAAGUUCCGCAGAGUCACCAGCAUCUUCAUCACACUCGCAGGCAUCUACUUCCUCAAAUCUCUAACGGACGUGUUCCUCAGCAUCGGCCUGUACCGCACACAACCAUGGACGUCCUCCAUCCGCCUGCUUCUCAAGACGAUCUGGUUUGCGGGGUGGUUCGUGGUGCUCGCGAUCUCCUACUCCAUGGCAGUGACAGACGCGACGGGGAUAGUGUCCACGGUGCAGGGGUGGAUAGGCGUGACUGGCAGUCCCAACGUGUACUUUGCAGUGUGCGUGCUGUACCUGGUGCCGUACGUGCUCGCGCUGGGGCUGUGGAUCAUGCCCUGCAUUCACCGGUUUCUGGAGAACUCCAACUGGAUGAUCUUCCGGGUUAUCCUCUGGUGGUCGCAGCCAGCGGAGUACGUUGGGCGGGGUAUGCAGGAGUCACAGGUCACCAUUCUCAACUACACGCUGUUCUGGGUGGUGCUGAUAGCAGCAAAGCUGGUAUUCAGCUACAAGUUCCAGAUCGAGCCGUUGGUGGCGCCGACAGAUCAGAUCAUGGCGACCACCAACGUGGUGUACUCGUGGCACAAGCUCAUCCCCACGGACCUCAACAUCUUCGCUGUCAUCACGCUCUGGGCGCCCAUCAUUCUGGUGUAUUUCAUGGACACGCAGAUCUGGUACGCUGUCAUGUCCACGCUGCUUGGAGGCAUAACCGGCGCGUUCCAGCGUCUGGGAGAGAUUCGCAACUUGAAGAUGCUGCGGCAGCGGUUCCGCUCACUUCCCGGUGCGUUCAACGCAAACCUGGUGCCGGCGCAACGCCUGCAGCGCAGUGCAUUCUCUCUCGCCCGCACGUACCGCGAGCCUGACAAGAACACCAAGGAGGCUGCGCGCUUUGCACAGCUGUGGAACGAAGUCAUUGUCAGCUUCAGGGAGGAGGAUCUGAUCAGUAACAGGGAGAUGGAUCUCAUGAUGGUGCCCUAUUCCUCUGGUGACCUCUCCAUCGUGCAGUGGCCGCCCUUCCUCCUCGCUAGCAAGGUACCACGAGCAGUGGAGAUGGCAGUGAAGGGGGCCAAGGGCCGGGACAGCGAUGUGUGGCACCGCAUCUCGGCAGACUCGUACAUGCGCUUUGCCGUUGAGGAGGCGUUUGCCACGCUGCAGCACAUCCUGACCACCCUGCUCAUUGGAGAGAACGAGAAAUUUGUGGUGAAUGGGCUUCUCAAGGAGGUGAAGCGCAACAUAGACAAUGGCACGCUCUUCACUGCGCUGCGCAUGAAGGCCCUCCCUGCGUUCAUCACCAGUGUUGUGGAGCUAGUCCAGCUGCUGGCAGACAUUGCCGAGGCAGACGGGGUUAAGACUGCCGGCCGCCCCGCUACACCGGGGUCGGCAGGAACUGGCAGUACUCCGGGGAGUCAGGAGGAGAAGGACAGGAAGAGUGCGUUAAUCCGAGGGUUACAGGAUCUGUUUGAAGUUUUCACCUGUGACCUGAUCUCUCAGACUAUGCGAGAGGCCAUGUCCGCCCAUGGAGGACCACUUUCAGAGGCACGCACGGUUCAGCUCUUUGCUGCUGCUGGAGGGGCAAGGAACCAGGAAGCGGGGAGAGUGGGGGUGCUGUAUCCGCCCCCUAAAACCCCGGCUUGGUGCGAGCAGGUGAAGCGGUUUCUCCUGCUGUUGACGUGCAAGGAAGCAGCAAUGGACGUCCCCACAAACCCUGAGGCGCGCAGAAGGAUCUGUUUCUUCACGAACUCGCUGUUUAUGGACAUGCCGCAUGCGCCGCGCGUGCGGUUCAUGCCAUCGUUCAGCGUGCUGACGCCGUAUUACUCAGAGGAUGUGAUGUAUGGAGCGAGGCAGCUGAAUGAGGAGAAUGAAGACGGCGUGUCGAUCUUGUUCUAUUUGCAGAAGAUCUACCCAGAGGAGUGGAGCAACUUCCUGGAGCGCAUGGGGUGCGAGUCAGAGGAAGAGGUGGUGGCGAGGGAGAAUGGCGACCGGGAGCUGAGGGCGUGGGCCUCCAACCGCGGGCAGACACUGUGGCGCACAGUGCGUGGCAUGAUGUACUACAAGCGGGCCAUGGAGCUACAGGCGUUCCUAGACAUCUCCACAGACCAAGAGUUCUCGGCUGGUUACCGCGCACUGAAGCAGGCAGCGCGCAAGGGAGACGUCAGCAGCAGGGCGACGUGGAAGCAGAUUGAGGCGGUCACGGAUCUCAAGUUCACCUACGUUGUCGCCUGCCAAAUGUACGGGCAGCAGAAACAAGCGGGCGACCAGCGGGCAGCUGACAUUUUCGAGCUCAUGAAAACACGAGGUGGAGGUGGAGGAGAAGGGGCGCGUGUGCAAGGAGUAUUUCUCCGUGCUCGUCAAGGUGUCUCGGGGCGUGAGAAGGGGCGCGUGUGCAAGGAGUAUUUCUCCGUGCUCGUCAAGGUGUCUCGGGGCGUGGAGCAGGAGAUUUACCGCGUGCGCCCAGGGCAAGCCAAGCUGGGCGAGGGCAAGCCGGAGAACCAGAACGCUGCGAUCAUCUUCACCAGGGGAGAGGCGCUGCAGGCUAUUGAUAUGAACCAGGAUAAUUACCUGGAAGAGGCGUUCAAGAUGCGGAACCUGCUCCAGGAGUUUGGGGGCGGGGAGGGCGUGCUGUCGCGGUGCAUGGGGUCCCGACCGCCGACGAUUCUGGGGGUGCGGGAGCAUAUUUUCACGGGCUCGGUUUCUUCUCUGGGGUGGUUCAUGUCGUGCCAGGAGAGCAGCUUUGUGACGAUCGGACAGAGGAUUCUCGCUUGGCCUCUCAAAGUGCGCUUCCACUACGGCCACCCGGACGUGUUCGACCGUCUCUUCCACAUCACGCGCGGCGGCGUGAGCAAGGCGUCACGCGGCAUCAACCUGAGCGAGGACAUCUACGCAGGCAUCAACAGCACACUGCGGCGCGGAGCAGUCACGCACCACGAGUACAUACAAGUGGGGAAGGGGCGAGACGUGGGGCUGAAUCAAAUCUCGCUGUUUGAGGCCAAGGUGGCGAAUGGGAACGGGGAGCAGGCGCUGAGCCGGGAUAUCUACCGCAUUGGAACGCGGUUUGACUUCAUGCGCUCGCUCUCGGCGUAUUUCACGACCGUGGGGUUCUAUGUCAGCUCAGUGAUCGUGGUGUUGACGGUGUACGCCUUCUUGUACGGCCGUGUGUACCUGUCGCUGAGCGGCGUGGGCAGAUCUCUAAUGAACAACGCCAACAUCUCCGGCUCUGACUCGCUCCAGUCCGCCCUCUCCUCGCAAGCCCUCGUGCAGCUGGGUCUGCUAAUGGCUCUGCCGAUGCUCAUGGAAAUGGGGCUUGAGAGGGGGUUCCGCACUGCAAUGGUGGAUUUUAUCCUCAUGCAGUUGCAGCUCGCUUCUGUGUUCUUCACGUUCUCACUGGGGACCAAGGCGCAUUUCUUUGUGCGGACGAUCAUGCACGGGGGGGCCAAGUACCGGCCGACAGGGCGCGGGUUUGUGGUGCGGCACGAGAAAUUUGCGGAGAACUACCGGCUGUUUGCACGGUCGCAUUUCACCGUCGCGCUGGAGUUUCUGCUGAUGCUGAUCGUGAUUGCGAUCUACGGCGAGAACACGAGCUCGAGCAACGGGCUGAGCUACUUCCUGGUGACGUUCUCCAUGUGGUUCCUCUGCCUCUCGUGGCUGUUUGCACCGUUUGUGUUCAACCCGUCGGCGUUUGAGUGGCAGAAGGUGGUGGAGGAUUGGGAGGACUGGCACAGGUGGAUUGGGGCGUAUGGGGGGAUUGGAGUGAAGGGCGACAGGAGUUGGGAGUCGUGGUGGGAGGAGGAGCAGGAGCAUCUGGUGCACACGGGGUGGGUGGGGCGCCUGGUGGAGGUGGUGCUGUCGCUGCGCUUUCUCAUCUACCAGUACGGGAUUGUGUACACUCUGGACGUCAAUAAUGGCAGCACGAGCCUGAUGAUCUAUGGCAUAUCAUGGCUGGUUGUGCUCGGGCUUCUGGUCGUUUUCAAGGUCGUGUCUAUGAGCAGCAAGCGCUUUGGAGCAGACCUGCAGCUGCUGUUCCGCAUAAUCAAGGCAGUCACCUUCUGCUGUCUCGUCAUUGCGCUUGCUCUCAUCAUCGGACUCACCUCCUUCACCUGGGGAGACCUCUUCGCCUGCAUUCUCGCCGCCAUCCCCACUGGAUGGUUCAUGCUCCAGGUCGCACAGGCAAUUCGUCCCAUCAUUCCCAGCAGCAUGUGGGACUCAGUCAAGGGCCUGGCACGGAUGUACGAGUACCUGUUUGGGCUCAUCCUGUUCAUCCCCAUCGCCGUGCUCGCAUGGUUCCCCUUCGUAUCGGAGUUCCAGACGCGCCUGCUCUUCAACCAGGCAUUCAGCAGGGGCCUGCAGAUCUCUCGCAUUCUCGCAGGGAAGAAGAAGGCUUGA